AACCACAAAAUAAUUAGAAAAUAUGGAAAACUAAUAUUGCCACCGGAGAUCCUUACAGGUCUCAUAACAACCUUUCCGAUCAAUUUUCCGGCCACCGGAGCUGAAGCUCCACAAACAUGGACGAAGAUCAAGACCCCGACUCACCAAACGAGACUUUUCACGACACCAUUGACGGAGAAAUCUUAACCCCAAAAGAAGAACGCGAACCCGAAACUUUAAUCGGCACAGAGCUAAAAAAGAAGAAAAAGAAAGCUCUAAACGAUCUCCGUACACGACUCGAAGAUUCAUUAAUCAAUUACACCCUCAUCGGAGAAAAAUACAAAUCCAACGACCACCUUAGAGACAUCGAACUUUGGGGUGUCCCCUUGUUACCCAGCAGGGGACAAGACAGAACCGACAUGAUCCUUAAAAAGUUCUUGAAAGCCAAGGAUUACAACGCGCAAAAUGCCCUUGAAAUGAUCGGUAAAACGGUUAUGUGGAGGGAGGAUUUUAAUGUAGACAAGGUGUUCGACGAAAUGUUUGGGCCUGAUCUUGACAAUAUUGGGUACAUUGAGGGUAGGGAUAAGGCUGGGCAUCCUUUGUGUUAUCAAAUGUUUGAGGCGUUUAAGGAUAAAGAUAUGUUGAGGAAUAGAUUAGGGAGUAAAGAGUCGUGUGAACAGUUUCUUCGUUGGCGAAUUAAGUUGAUGGAACGAUGUGUUCGUAAACUUGAUUUUAAGCAUGAUGGUGCGGAUUCGGUGAUUCAGAUUAUGGAUGUGAAGAACAUCCCUAGACAGUUUUUGAAUGAAAUCUUUCAGGGUAGUAAGAAGUAUUUUUCCAUUUUACAGGAGAAUUAUCCGGGGCUCAUUUACAGAUUUGUGAUUGUAAAUGUCCCAAUGUGGUUUUUCGCGUUUUACACGUUAAACAUGCGACUGAUGACGAGAAAGUACAAAGUAAUGUAUGUGAAGCCGUCGGCGAUUACAGAGACCCUUCUCAAGUUCAUUGAGCCAGAACACCUUCUGGCUCAAUACGGCGGCGUAGGAAGGAUAGGCGGCGAAUUCACACCUAACGACAAAGUUUUAGAAAAAAAAAUUAAAGGAUACACGACUGAGAACAUUGAAAUAGCCACAUCAGAGGUGGGGUUGACAGUAUAUUGGGAUGUAACAGUAACUGGAAGUGAUGUUACAUAUAAGGAAGAAUUUGUACCAGAAGAUGAAGGUUCAUACAAUGUGUUGGUUCAAAAAGGAAAUCAAAUUGGGAGAAUGACUUCAAAUUCAUUUCAUGUUAAUGAGCCUGGAAAAAUUCUCAUUUCAUUUGCCAAUCCAACUUCUAAAAGUAGAAAGAUUUUUUAUAGGUACAAACUCAAACCCUUCCAACCCAUGUACACUCAACCGGUUCAAGAUUAGAUUUUUUUUUUCUUUUUCUUUUUCAAAUUGAAUUUACUUUCUUUUUGCUAACUACAUACACAUGAAUUUGUAUCCAGAAUAUUUUAUGUAAGAUUUUUGUGAAUAUUAUACGAAUAGAGCAGUUGGAUCUAUA